CAAACUAAUUGUAUUAGAAGUUUAAUGUUCGAAACUACAAAACCAUUUUAGCCAGGUAUUACUCUUUUUUAUUACUCGUGGUCGAUGAAUUGUAGGUCAUAAUAUAUUAUGCGCGGCGUGAGCCAAACAUCAUGUUCCUUCGCAAUACACGUAGUAUUGGUAAUUUUAUUCAUAACGAUGUUGUCUAUUCUCAAUAUCGUACAUGUAUGUUGAAACACACGACAUUACAAUGCGAUGGCAGCAUACAUCGCUUGAAAAUUAAAUCAGAGUAUUUUAUAUGCUGUUAUCGCAGGGAGAGUUUAGUUUCCAUUAUUAAACGCAUGUGCCGCGUGAUGAUAUAGUAGGGUGGGGGAAAUGGGACACCUUUGGCAGGUUGAAAAUGUGUCCCAUCUCCCCGCCCCCCACCCUACUAUAUAACAAGUUUGCGUUAUUAACCGCAUGCGCCGCGUGAUGAUACUGAUAUAACAACCUUACCGAGACGCGGCUGCGACUUGCCUUAUGACACAUAAGCAUAUGCCACUUGUAAUUAAAACACGAAUCACUAUACGAAAAUAUAACUACGUCACGGAUCAACGGAGUAACCGGAUGAUAUCACCUUUGUACAUAAAUGAAAUAAGUUUCUAUAACAUCUAAAUAUACAGUAACUGGGUGCGUUAGAGUCGGAAUAUCAAAAAAAUAAGUAAGUUGAUUGUUAAAGAAAACAUCAUGCGGAAAUGUUGGAUUCAGGUGAUAACGGUUUCCCAUUUUACCCCACAGUACUGUACCUCUUUAAUCUUAUGCGUGCACACAUUUACAAUAUAAAUACACCAGGGGAUAUUAUAUAUAUACACAGCAAAUAGUCGAUCAGGUCUCAUGAGUUUAUUUUUUUCAUUGGACCAUUCCGACAAAAUCACAUAACAUGUGUGUAAUAGCGUGGAUAGGAGAUUAUGUACAAAUAUGGUUAUCGUUUAAUCAUGCAUUUCUUAAUACGUAACAAUUGGAAUUAGAAAUAGUAAUGCGUAAUACAUGAGUCGUAUUCCGGCCUUUGACAAAACAAUUAGUCUUUCAAAAAGCGAGACAAGCGUAUCAGAGAAAUUUAUCUGCAGAAAGUCUUGGUAAAUUGCUAAAUAUUCAAAGAUGAAAACGUUUCUUGCUGUGGUUGUGAGUUUAGUUGUAAUACAUUGUUCUCUCGCUGCAAACUUUACGAAUCACUAUGUCAACUGUGGAGUAGACUGUCUUCAAAGAUUUCUUGAAUGUAAUAUCGAAGGUAACAAAGAAACAGGAAUAAAAUGUGCCAAACCCAAUGAAACAUUUAUAGAAACGUUCUUUGGUGGUACAUGUCCAGAUGAGGCACAUUGGAUAUUUUCAGCGAUCAACCAACAAUGUAGUGGGAAUUGCUACGAUGCCACAAUUGAGGCAAAUUACACAUGUUCUGUAUCGAAUAGCACUAUUAAAGUUGCUAAAUCGCGCUGUUAUAACCAAAACUGUUCUGGAAUAUGGCUUGAGAUAAAUUCAACAAGUUGUAAUGCCAACUGCGGCGGCGGAGCUCAAAUAAAAACUAGAAGAUGCUUUGACAAGAACGGAAACAUUACGAAGAGUUCAUACAAUUGUCAAGGAACAAACGGCGAUAAGACGACACAGUUAGUAAAUGUGGUCACCUGCAAUACUCAUGAAUGCCCGGGAAACAAUUAUACAACAACAAUCAAACCAAGUCCCUUAAGUGAUAGUCUACCCAUGUAUAUAUACAUUAUAAUAGGCUGUGGUGCAGCUUUCUUAUUAAUUGUAGUGGUAAUUGUAGUUUGCAUAAUAUGUUCAAAACGCAAACCAAGCAAACCUCAACCACACAAAACAAAACAGUUUGAUACUGUUCUAACAAAUGAACACGGUUCACUAUCGUCACAUGAAACAAAACCUGAACCACUCAAAACCAGUCCACACGAUUUUGAUCAAAACAGGAAGAGUGAAAAGGAAACAUUGGAAAGUGGUACAAACGCAACAGAUUGUGAAAGUGGUGGAGUGGUUAUAGAUAAUGAUGUGAUAUCUUACAUCACAAUGCAUAGCCUUCGAAAAUCAAUACCGGAACCCGAUUGGAUACCAAGUGUUGAACUAUAUGGCAAAGGCGACAACCUAGUCGCAUCUUCAGCAACUGAUUCUGAAUCGUGGGAAUCUGAGUCGAACGAUGAAAAGGAAGGAAACCCGAAUAUAAAGCGUGAAAGAACCCGCAAGGUUCGGAAAAGCAAGAAGACAAGAAGAACUUUGAAACAAGUCCCCACAGAUAUGGAUAAACAAUACGACGUGCCAAACGUGUUUCCAAGUAUACCCGACAUAUAUGCAGUUAAAACUGAGGUGAACAAUACUACACCAGAAGGCUCCGAUUCUGCUUACGAUAGUUUAAACAACAUCCCAAAACAACGUUUUACGUCAAGACCUUCACCCGUGCCGAGAACCAGUCGUAUUCGCCACAAUAAAAUAACAUUGUGAGCAAAAUUAAUUCAAGCAAACAAAUUUCCCACCAAGCCAAGCAAUUAAACUUUCAUAAAAAAAAAACUUUUUUUUAAGUUUGUUUAAAACGAAAUUCAGCGCGAUAUAGUUGAACCAUAUUUCUUUAGAUGUUUACUGUAAUAGCAAACACUUGCAACAUUGUCUUUGAUUAUCUGUUUAAUAAUUUUACAUCGCGCCUGACUUAAUUUUAAAUCGCGCAUGACUGGAGUACUUGCAU